AUGUCUGAGAGGAGCAGUUAUCAGGAUGACGACUGCGCCUCCCUGCUCUCUAAGCUGGGCUCCGACUCUCCGCGGCCUCGGAUGAAGUACGGAGGAAUGUUCUGCAGCGUUGAAGGAGCGUUCGAGAACAAGACUCUGAACUUUGAGUCGUUCAGCCCGCAGACGCAGCGACGCCGAGCCGCUCGCAGUCGGACCGACGACCAUGUUGGAGGAGGAGGAGGAAGAGGAGGUCAGACGGUGGUGUUUCCCUCCGGACACACAAGGGAGAACUACGGCAAGAGAGAGGGCGACCGUCUCAUCAUCAAAGGAGGAAAGAUCGUGAAUGACGACCAGUCGUUCUACGCUGACGUCUACAUCGAGGACGGGACCAUCAAGCAGAUCGGGGAGAACCUGAUCGUCCCCGCCGGCGUGAAGACGUUGGAUGCGUACGGUCAGCUGGUCAUCCCCGGAGGAGUCGACGCCAACACCAACCUGCACGCUCCGCAGAAAGGCCUGAACCCCGCCGACGGCUUCUACCAGGGAACCAGAGCCGCCCUGGCCGGAGGAACCACCACCAUCAUCGAUCACGUGUUGGUGGAGCCGGGGAUCAGUUUACUGUCGGCGUUCGAACAGUGGAGGGACGCGGCCGAUCUGACGGCUUGCUGCGACUAUUCGCUGCAUCUGGACAUCACGCGAUGGCACGAUGGACUCUACGAAGAGAUGGAGACGCUCAUCAAAGACAGAGGUGUGAACUCCUUCCUGUUCUUCAUGGCCUACAAAGACAGAUACCAGAGCUCCGACUCUCAGCUCUACGAGGCGUUUGGGAUCCUGCGGGAUCUCGGAGCCAUCGCUCAGGUCCACGCUGAGAACGGUGACAUCAUCGAUGAGGAACAAAAGAAGCUUCUCAGUCUCGGCAUCACAGGACCUGAAGGACACGUCCUGUCUCGUCCUGAGGAGGUGGAGACAGAGGCGGUGUAUCGCGCCAUCACCAUCGCCAAACAGGCCAACUGCCCGAUCUACAUCACCAAAGUAAUGAGCAAAUCUGCUGCUGAUGUCAUCGCCAAAGCCAGGAAGAAAGGUAUGGUGGUGUACGGGGAGCCAAUCACAGCCAGUCUGGCAACUGACGGCUCUCACUAUUGGUCCAAAGACUGGGCCACAGCUGCUGCCUUCGUCACGAGCCCGCCCCUCAACCCGGACCCCUCGACUCCUCAGUACCUGACCUCUAUGUUAGCAUGUGGAGACCUCCAGGUAACGUCCAGCGGUCAGGCCAGCUUCUCCACGGCUCAGAAAGCCGUCGGUAAAGACGACUUCACUCUGAUCCCAGAGGGAACUAACGGCAUCGAGGAGAGGCUGUCGGUGGUCUGGGACAGAGCUGUGUCUACGGGGAAAAUGGAUGAAAACGAGUUUGUCGCAGUUACGAGCACCAAUGCUGCAAAACUCUUCAACAUUUACCCUCGCAAAGGGCGGAUCGCUGUUGGUUCUGAUGCUGACAUCGUCAUCUGGAACCCAAAAGAGACUCAAACUGUUUCUGCAAAGACUCACAACCUGACGGUGGAGGUGAACAUCCUGGAGGGUUUGGAGUUUCGUGGCAUGGCUUCGGUGGUGAUCAGCGGCGGUCGAGUUGUUCUGGAUGAUGGAAAACUCAACGUGAUGGAAGGUUCAGGACGCUUCGUCCCCAGGAAGGCUUUUCCCGACGCUGUGUACAGGAGGAUCAGAGCUCGCAGCAAGAUGGCCGAGGCUCGAGGUGUCCCCCGUGGAAACUAUGAUGGUCCGGUCCAUGAUGUCAUCAGUAUGACUAAGUCGGUCCCGCCCACUCCGACCACCAGAGGGACCGCCUGUCCCAAAAUCCCAAUUGGCCCCCGAAACCUCCACCAAUCAGGAUUCACCCUGGCAGGAUCUCAGGUUGACGACCACAUACCACGACGCUCCACUCAGAAGAUUGUGGCGCCACCUGGAGGACGAUCCAACAUUACAUCCUUAUCUUAA